CGGGCGCUGCGCUCGCUGGGCAGCCUGGCCGGGCGGCUGCUCCGCACCUGGGCGCGCCUGGCCGGGGGGCGCGGGGGCCGCCGCGCCGCCCCCGAGGAUGACGAGGGCGGGUUCCGGGGGGGGUCGCGGCGGCGGCUCGGCGGGGCGGCCCCGGCGGCGGCGGCGGCGACGGCGGGGGGCGAGGCGGGGGGCGAUGCGGGAGCGGGCGGCGGGGAGCGGCCGCCGGGCGCGCAGGGGCUGCGGAACCACGGCAACACCUGCUUCAUGAACGCCGUGGUGCAGUGCCUGAGCAACACGGCGCCGCUGGCCGAGCGCCUGGCGCUGGGCCGCUACCGCGCCCGCGGAGCCCGCGCCGAGGUCACGCACCGGCUGGCGGCCCUGGUCCGAGCGCUCUGGACCCGCGAGUACACCCCGCAGCUCUCCGCCGAGUUCAAGAACAUCGUCUCCAAGCACAGCUCGCAGUUCCGGGGCAAUGCUCAGCACGACGCGCUCGAGUUCCUGCUCUGGCUGCUGGACCGAAUGCACGAAGACCUGGGCGCCGCCUCUCCCGCCCAGCAGAGCCGCGGCCCCGCGCAGCUCGGCGGCUUUGCUGCUGGCAAAAUGAGUAAUUAA